AUGGAGACAAAGCAAGCGCAGGGCAACAUCCCGUCCAGACUUUGGCUCGGAAGAGCCACUUACACAGAUCUACAAACAAACAACCCCAUAAUAGACGCCACACUGAGAGUCUGGUGCAAGUUGCGCUACGCCCGACAACUGACAACUUCCCUGAACCCCCUAACUCUCAUCACAUAUAACCCCGGCCUGGCUGGGGGACUACACCCGGCGGCCCUUAAACGUUUCCACACAACAGACUGGAACUAUAUGCACCAGUGGAGUGUGGGAGGCGAGCUCCGAUGCCUACCGGACCUGCUGAGAGACCAGCCCCCUACACCACUGGACACUUUCCAAUAUGACCAGGUAAAGUCAUAUUACGCCCACCUACCAGGAAAGGCCCACUUACACAGGCAGCUUAUGGACUUUGAACAACUGUGCACAAACAGGACGCACAUAGAACAUGGCAUUUUGCGCAUGUAUGGAACCCUCCUAACGACGGCAGAUAGCGGUCCACUAUGCUUCACAAGUAAAUGGGAACAGGAGACCGGAACCCAUCUGACAGAACAGGAUUGGGAUAAAAUCUUCCUCCUAACCCAUAAAUGUUCUAUAAGCUCCAAAUUCCAAGAAACUAGUUAUAAACUCCUGACACGUUGGUACCAAACACCUGACACUCUUAGGCACAUGCCACAUGCUGACACGGGCGAGUGCUGGAGGUGUGGGGCGGAACCUGGUUCUUACCUGCACAUCUGGUAGUCCUGCCCACAUAUAGCACCAUUUUAGCAGAUGAUCAAUACAAAGAUUAGGAAGAUCACGGGAACGGACCUCCCCCUCCAGCCUUUGCCGAUGCUCCUGCACCACACACCCAUACCCAUGCGAACAUACAAAAACUCACUCACCAUACAUCUGCUCACCGCGGCCAAAAUCCUUAUACUCCUACACUGGAAACACCCUACGAUCCCCACAUACAGACAAUGGGUGGAUAAAAUUGAAACCAUCCACGAUAUGGAACUUAUGACUGCCUCCCUGCAAGAACGCUCGGACAGGUGCGCUCUCAAAUGGUACCCCUGGAAAUCCUACCUUUCGAAGGGGAUAGCAUAGAACACACUCCGGAUACUGGUGGACCCGAAGGGGCUGAGCUGUGGCGGGUGGGCGCGUGGCCGGGACCGGUGGCCCAGGGGGUGGGGAUGUGGCCGCAAGGGUCGAAGGGGGGCCCACCAUGGCCUUCCAAACUUGCCCUCCCCUUCUCUCUCCUAUCCCAGCCCUGACCCUUGAGACCCCUAGCCACCCACACAGACAGAGGCCAGAGGCUGAGCCCUCCGCACCGGACGCCCCUAAGAUAGGACCUCUACUCUGGAACAGGGACUGA